AUGGCACCAAACGCUGAUGAUCUGGACGACGGACUUGCCUAUGAGUUUGCUGAAUCCAUUGAUGAAUCUGUAAAUUCAGAUGUGGAAGAGAUAGAAAACAUUGAUGUUGGCCAUGAGGCUACAGCUGACGCCUCAGUACCUGCAUUGAAGCGGCAGCAGGAAGACGUUGCGGACGAGGGCAGCAAUCUGAGCAAGAGACAAAAAAAGCUGUCCAAAUCGAAAUCCCAUUUGAAGAAGAUGGAGAAGAUGGAAUUCGAGAAGGAGCAAAAGAAAGAGUUGCCUCAGAAAUCCCCAGAAGCGGUAGUCGACUAUCUCAGUAAGCUAAUAAGAGAGAAGAAUCCCGACAUGAGUGUCCUAGAAUUAGAGGAACUUUACUUUAAGAAAUCUGAUUUUAUUUCCACUGAGAGCUUCACACAAGAGCGUACAUUGGCGAACUUCCCUACUUUUGCGAAAAUGUUCAAUAAGGCACCUAGAGCCAUAGUCCUCUCUACAUCGAACAUUCGUGUUGCAGACGUUUUUAGAAGCUUGGGUGGUUCAUCAAAUGCUGUGAAGCUCUUUUCUAAGAACAAAUUGAAAGAUGAUUUGGCUAGAUUGGACCAAAUUCUUGGAGGCGGAAAUAAGGAAGGGAAGUCUUCCCAGAAGAAGGGUAAAGCGCAAAAGGAUACUCCAUCACAGAACGUACAGUAUUUUCUGUCAACCCCUGGGAGAAUGGCGAAGAUUAUUGAAGAAAGCGCACUACUCUUUAGUGGAAAGGAAAAGCUGGAUAUAAUCGUGGACGCCUCUUACCUGGAUCCCAAGACCAAUAGCAUUUUCACAUCAGAUGAUGGUAUGCUACUAUGUAAGCUUCUGAAAACUUUCCUACGUGAAAAGAGUUCUGUCAAGAUACUGCUCUUUUAA